AGUAAGAACCUCUUUCUCACCUCUCCACCAUCAGCUCGAGGACGAUGCAAAAAACGUGACUGUGAAUGGUGCUACGAGACAAAAGGCCCCAACAGAGAGGAGUACUGCUGCGAUACUUCAUGCCUUGGGGGCUGCACGGGCCCCACAAACGCCGAUUGCUUCGUGAUUAAUAAACACAAGAUCACGCCUACGUGGUCUCUUCUGUUCAUCGGACAUUGUAGUGAACUCCAUCCAGCAGACGUAUCUCGAUUAGCUGUGCGCUUCGGAUGCAUGAAUGAGACUCUGCUUUCCUCCCUCUUAGGGACACUGUUGACUGAGGGAACCAAAUGUGUGAGCGAAUGCACUCCUGGUCACUACUACGUCUCGGGUCAAUUCUGCAUUCCUUGUCACCCAAACUGCCCAAAAGUUUGCUCUGUCGAGAAGUCUUCCAGUCUGGAUGCCACGACCUUGGCCAGCCUUGAGAACUGUACCACUCUUUCGGGCGACCUAAUUAUUUCAGAGGAGUCUUAUAGCUCCGAAGUGCCCGGAAGGAAACCCAUUACGACCACAGAGGAGUUGUGGGCCUUGCAUUCACUGCGUGAGGUGACCGGCUUUGUUCAUCUGGACCUGCGCAAUCAUCCCGCACCCUUAAAGAGCUUGAUUUUUCUCGAAAAUUUGCGCAAGAUUGGGGGCUUUCAUUCAAGCUUCAGUCUAGCGGUAGUACACGGCGAAAUCGAGUUCCCGGGUUUGCAUCGCCUUCGUGAAACACCGCAUGGAGACAUUGCAUUCAUGGAUUCGCCUGCACUUUGCUACGUGCAGACCAUCGUUACUGCAAAGACCACAGACAGAUAUCGCUUUCUUCCCAAUUUCCGCAUACAGAUGUACCAUCUUCCAACCGCCGCUGAAUGUGAGGCGAGAGGCGCCGUGUGUCACCCUUCCUGUGACCCCGCCUUCGGUUGUUGGGGUCCGCGUCGUGAAGACUGUCUGCUUUGCCGCAGUCAUUCAAUUCAGGGAUCCAUUUGCGUGGAGAGUUGCACCGAGUUACCAGGUUUCUUUGAGGCUUCACAAGAAAACGUUAGCAUUGUACCCACGAUACCGCCUCACAGCAAUCCCUUGACUACCCGACUACAAAUGGCCAGAAUCGCUGCUGGCCACAUUAUCGAGGAAUCUAUGUACAGUCAAUACAGCGGCUAUCCAGACAAUGCAAAGGCUCCCAUUUCUUGUGCUCAGUGCCACCCAGAGUGUGCAGACACUUGUUCCGGACCGGGAGCCGAUCAGUGCAUCGGUGGCUGCAAAAAUGCAAAGAAUGGUAAUGAAUGCGUUGUGGAGUGCCCCCAUACCACCUUCUUAGAUUUGAAGCGAAGGAUAUGCGUUCCUUGUCCCUCCCUCUGCCAUCAGCGAAAACUCAGCAGCAAACCUGUUUGCACCGGAAGCGGUAUUUACCCCGGUCCUGGAGGGUGCAAUAAGUGCGAGAUGUUUCUCGAAUUCAUCGCUUUUGAUGGUGUUUUAAAAGAAAGCUCGGAUGAACUUUCCGAGAACGCCAUGCGUACACAGCAUGGUGCAUUGCUCUGCAUGAGAGGUGCAUGUCCAAAGGGAACAUUCAGGACCAUGGAGACGGUGGAACCGACUUCCAGAUUUGCACCGUUUGUGGAGGAGGGUGUGUACGCAGUGCCCGUCUGUAGCACCUGUCAUAACCUCUGUCGUACCUGCACCGGCUACAGUGUGCUUCGUGCCACCAACACUACUCCCGGAUGUGUGGAGUGCCACGGCUUCUGGUUCAAAGAUACUUGCGUCAAGGACUGUCCUGAAGAUAAGACCUUCCAAAUAUCGCUAACGCACCCACCAGAAGUGCGGAAAGCGUUUCACUUUCGGCAAUCGCUGGACAGCAGUGGCCUUUUCCUUCCAUCGAGGCUUUCUAGUCCUGUGCGCGGUUCGGAUGUCUUCCCAAGACCAUACCUAUGGACCCGCCAUUUGGAUGGUCAUUGUCUCCUCUGUCACCCUGAGUGCUUGGCCGGUUGUUGGGGUCCCUCUGCUUCCCACUGCCAUCGCUGUGCUCACGUUCGAGUGUGGCGGUCCAGCGAAAGACAACGUCCUGGCACUACUUGGCGUCCGCUGAAUGAUGCCACAACCGUAUAUUUACUCAACAAAGACGCUUUCACUUCGCGUCAUUCUGGACUGCGCGAUACUCGUCCAUCUCACAAGGUGACUUCAAUGUACUUCACGUGUGAGGCGGUGUGCCCGGAGGAAAUGCCCCACGUCUCCUAUGACCCUCUUACCGGCGACAAGACUUGUCACAGCUCCGUCAUCACCGACUCCGUCUACGUUGACCGAAGACGCGGCGAGUUUGCCACUGCUGCCAAACGUCUGGCUGGCGGUCUGGUCGGCCCGCUCGCAGCUUUCUUCCUCAUCUUCCUCAUCUGUAUUACACUAGCCUGUUACUGCAAGGGCCGCCAUACACGACCCACUAAUUCGUUCACCGGCAAACCGAACGCUUUCAGUUUUUCACUCAUUUUUGACAAGGUACUACGCCUUUACGAGGGGUCCAAAGCUAGUCAGUCACCUCGAAUCGUGGCUUAUACCGCAGGAUCAGGCUCGGGAAUGGACAGAAGUGAGGUUACCAGUAGUCACGGUAGCAGCAGCGAGGCGCAUGCACAGAGCCUCUACGCUGCAAGCAAUCGUGCCACUUGGUUCUCCGAGGGCUCUGUCUGUCAGUACUGCCGCAAUGGCAGCGCCUGCAACAGCUGCGACGGGGCCAAAUCCCCCCCUUUGACUCUGGUUUAUCGCAACAGUUGUUGCUCCAAUCCAGUAGGUAGUGCAUACGAUUACGAUUUUUGUCUACUCCAGGUGUACCGACGAUCGACACGUCAGCAACCUAACAUGGGACGUUUAGUACUGAUAAAUCUGGACGAUGUCCUACUGCCACCCAACAAAGUGGCUCUGGGAAGUGGUGCCUUUGGGGCUGUCUACAAGGGAGUUUGGCGUAUUCCACACGACGUAGAGGACAUCCAGCUUCCCACCUUCGAAGGACGUGAUCACCGUCGACAUGUCAAUGUCGCUGUCAAAAUUCUCAGCGAAGUAAACGGACCCAGUGAUCUACACGCAUUACUUGAAGAAGCGAAAGUAAUGUGCUCGGUGCGUCAUAGAAACUGCCUCCAGCUGCUCGGUGUGUGUCUGGCUGGAUCUCAGAGAUACCUAGUUUCGGAGUACAUAGCCAAUGGGAGUUUGGAUGGUUACAUUCGACGCUCGCGAAACGAUUUACCACACUGGCUCCUGCUUCUGUGGGCGGAACAAAUUGCCGAGGGUAUGGCCUAUCUGCAAUCUGCAGGGAUCAUUCAUCGCGACCUGGCAACGAGGAACGUAUUAGUGAAGGAACGUGAAUGGGUUCAAAUUACCGACUUUGGUUUGGCAAAGAUGCUCAGUGGGGAGGAAGAGGAGAUUGGCGAAGUGAUAGUUCAAUCCGGUCGAGUGCCGAUCCGGUGGCUGGCCAUUGAAACCCUAACAAGUGGACGCUACUCCUUCAAGACAGACAUCUGGGCCUAUGGUGUGACUCUAUGGGAAAUAUUCACAUUUGGGCAACGGCCCUAUCCAACUAUUGAGACGAAGGACGUCAAACGCUACGUACUUACCGGGGGUCGUCUCCUGCAACCGGAUAUUUGCACUCUGGAAGCAUACCAGCGACUGCUCCUAGCCUGUGUGUCUCCAAUUGCUAACUCCUCCCAUUUCCUUUCCUCCUUGUUUGAAGGUUGGCGCGAAAAUCCCGAAGAAAGAGUGUCAUUUGCUGACAUACUACAACUUCUUCAAAGCAAAGCGGAUACUCCCGAAUACUUCCUCCACAGUCGGCAAGCAAGCAGUGUGAUAAGCACGCAAACCCACAGUACACGUGUUUCCGGUGCCUAUUCUGAGACUGCAAGAAGGGGCCGCGGCUCCGUCUCCACUCCGCCUGAUGCAGUCUCCGCUGCCGCUUCUUCUUCUUUCUCAUCUUUUCUCUUGCCUAACUCAACGGCAAGUGCUAGCACCCUCCAAAAUCAGCAUCAGCGCAGUGCACUACUCAAUCAGCUUCCACCACGAUUCCCACAAAAUCCUACUGUAACGUUGGAGAGCCUUCCAAGUACGGUGGAAUACACCACCGCUACAAACAGCAGAAAUAGUGGUAAUGAAGACGACAGCAGUGCUGAAGUCACUUUGGCGGCUGUUGAGCGCCAUGAGUCCCCAGUUCCACCAGGUAGUGGUGGGUACGUUUGGCCAAUGCCCUUCACAGAGCACACAGAAGGCGUCACAGGUGGAGGCGAGUACGUAGGACCCCUUUUUCAGCGUUCUACAGAGUCCACUGACUUGUGA